UCCAGAGCCCAGGCAGCAACCAGAGCGAGGGAACCCCAGUCUGUGUCUGCGCUCCCGGGAGGUGGGCUGCAGGGUGAUCCACUUCUCCAACCAAGCCUUUCCAGGCCCCAAACCACAGGCGGUACUCUGUCCCUGUCCCUCCCUCCAGAGGAACUCCCAACCCCCGGGAACCCCUGGGGGUUCCCUGACCUCUACAGUAGGUCAGCCUUCAGAGGGCGAGGAAGAGCUUCCUGGUGGGUGAAGGAAAGAGAGAAAGAGGCCAGCCAUGUCGAACCAAAUGUACAAUAAAAUGUGGCACCAGACCCAGGAAGCCCUCAAUACUCUGCUUGACAAAGAGUCUGAGAAGAUGACUGAGCCUCAGAGAAACAAGGUCAUAGUCUUCCAGAUGUUAGCCACCUUCUACAUAAAGUAUGUGCAGAUCUUCAGGAACAUGGAGAAUGUCUAUGACCAGAUAGUCCAUCCGCAGAAACGCCUGCUGAUUCGCAAGAUCCUGGAUGGAGUGAUGGGUCGCAUUCUGGAACUGAAGAAUGAGAUGGUGGAGUUGGAAAUGACAGAGUUCCAUUAUUUUGAUGACAUCUUACAGGACCUGAAGUUGGCUCCUCAACAGUUGGACAUCCCCAUACCCAGGUAUUUUUUGAAGGAGAAGUUAGACGUCAUAAAAGGAAGAGAGAAGAUCCUCGCUCGGAUCUUAAAUGAAUGUGGAUUGAACCUCCCAGAUGUGAAAUUCGCUGUAAAGAGCCUAGCAUUGGAAGAGGCUAUCAAGAUGAUCCAGAUUGCGGAGCGAGCAAGGCAGGGCCGCCUCAGGGCCAUGUUCAUGAAGCAGAUCUUCCUCCAGGAAUGCAGAGCCAAGGAGAUCAAGCUGCUGGGCCAGAAACUAGCAGACACCAGCCUGGCGGCACUGCAGAUUCAGAAAGUUUGGCGAGGUUUCCAUCAAAGCAAGAAAACGGUGAAGGAGAGGGAAGAGGAGAUGGUAUUCCUGGGGAUGAAGCCACCUCAUGUCUUUAAUGAAAUCAGUGCUGCCACCAUCCAGUCUGAACGUGUGACGCGCCUGCGGAACGAGGUGCAGUUGAAACAUGAACAGAACUACAAGGAAGCCUUGGUGAAUAUCAAGGAGGAGCUGAGGUUAAUGGAAGGCCCUGACAUCAAGGAGCACCUUCAAGACCAGAUCCGCCAGUGGUUCAUUGAAUGCAGGAAUUUAACGGGUACAUUUCCAGACUAUCCCAAUGUAGAAGAAGGAGGCUCAGCCAUCAUAUUUUCCAACAAGACCCCAGAGCAGGUUAUUGAGGAUAUCCUAGCCAACCAAGAGGAAGAAGAAAAACUCAAAAAGAAAAAGAAAAAAGAGGAGAAGGAGAGUAAGCCCAAAAAAGGCAAAAAAUCGAAGGAGAAGAAAAGCAACCUGAAAGAGAAAGUUGUAAAGGAAGAAGAUGAGGAAUGGAAAAUGUCGCCAAGCCUCUUCCUUCAACUGUUGGAAGAAGGAAAUAGCUCAUACAAAGACACAUGGAUGAAUAAAGAUGAAUCUUGGAAUUUCCCUCAGGACUAUGACCCAGAAAUGAUCAAGGAGGAGAAACGGAAGGAAUUAGAGACUGAGAUAAGGGUUCAGGUUGAUGAGUUGAUGAGACAAGAGCUGAAAAACCUUAAACUGGCUGUGAACAAAGAGAUAGAACACCCGGCCCGGGGAAAGAAAGGGAAGAAGCAAGGUAAAGGAAAGAAAGGCAAGAAGAAAGGGAGACGGGGAAAGAAGGACAAAGACCUGACAGCUGACAGGACCAUCGAAUCUCUGUUCAAGGAACUGGUUGAAAAAGGCCUGCUGAUCCAGGCUCUGAAGGUCAACCUCUCCGAUUACAUUGGUGAGUACAGCUACCUGGGGACUACUCUGCGCCAGGUAGCCAUAGAGCCCAUGCCCUCCCUCCUGGACGUCAAACAGCUCAUCACGCUGUAUGGGAUCUUGCCUUUGGGGUCCGCAGAAGUGCAUGAGAAAGCUCCUUGGGUGAAGUCAUUGCUGUUGGUCGGGCCUUCUGGGGUAGGGAAGAAAAUGCUGGUCCAUGCCAUCUGCACAGAAACAGGAGCUAACCUCUUCAACCUGUCAGCCUCAAACAUCGCCGGAAAGUACCCUGGCAAGAACGGCCUGCAGAUGAUGCUCCACUUGGUCUUCAAGGUAGCUCGAGAGCUUCAACCUUCUGUGGUGUGGAUCCAAGACACGGAGAAAACCUUCUACAAAAGAGUCCCACAGGCUGAGAAGCUGAAUGAUCCAAAACGCCUUAAAAAACACCUCCCCAAACUCCUGAAGCUCCUGAAGCCAGAUGAUAGGAUCCUGAUUGUGGGGACCACACAGCGCCCUUUUGAUGCUGAGCUUCAGUCCUUCUGCAGGGUAUACCAAAAGAUUAUUUUGGUCCCCAGACCCGACUACGCUUCCAGAUAUGUCCUGUGGAAACAAAUCAUUCUGCGCAACGGAGGUGUGCUCAGCAACGCCCUGAACAUCAGUUGCCUGUCUAAAGUCACUGAUGGCUUCACACAAGGACAGAUCGUCAAAGUGGUCAAGGAUGUGCUCACAGACCGCAGAAUCCGGCAGCAGGCUUACAAACCCCUCACUGGUGUAGAGUUCGUCACCAUGAUGACCAGCAUGAAUCCAGUGUAUAAAGAGGAAGAAGAGAAUUUUAAGAACUGGUAUGACAAAACCCCUCUGGGGAGGAAGCGAGUCAUGUCACUAACGGUUGGUGGCAGCAGAGAAAAGGAGAAGGAGAAGGGGAAAAAGAAAGGGAAAAAGGGGAAAAAGAAGUAACUUCCUCCUCAGGAGCCACCCUGAGCACCUUUGAGACGGCAAUGGCCCCAGCUCAUCCAGGAGAGGCUCACCUCUGCCCACCAGGGGAAGCCCGAGGAGAAGCUAGGAGGCAGGCAGUCACUCCCGGGCACUGCGCGCUCACCACUGUGUUUAUUCAGCUUCAGGAGGCUGGACACCAAGCGAGGUGUCCUCUACAGCCGUUUCUACUGCUUGCCACUGUUUCUUAACUCAUGCCAAGUCUACCUGUAAUUGAAGUUUGCUUUUCACACGCCCCACACUCUCCCCAACUCACACACUUGUCAAUAUUUGUUCCAAGAUCACUACAUGUUAGGGAGGUCUCUCCUGUGACGGGAGAACCGUUAGUUGUAUCGCCAGUACACUAGCUGUUUAUUAACCCAUAUGCCUUGUAUAUUUUAUUGCACAUAUUGUAAUUAAUUAUUUG